UUUCAUUUUUACUGGGAAUACUCUUCAAAUGAAAUGCAUAGUGCCAGUCUUUAUUUUAUUCUUGGAUCAUUUGAGGUGGUCUGGGGACAUAUCCCAAAAAGGCAGGAUGACACAUUUCCUGGAAUGAGUUGCAGCACUGGAUCGAACUUCUAUUUGCAGAUAAACUUAUGGUUCUUGUUCUAAAAAAAAAUAAAAUAACUUCUCCCCCCUUGCAAUUAAAGCCAUAUAACAUCAAAUUUGAAGUCAUGCAUGCCUUGCCUGUUGGAUGUUGGCCAGCACCAGAUGCUUUUUGGGGUUAAGUUGUCUGCACAUGCAAUAUAAUCCGCUCUUCGUGUUCAGCUGUUUUAGGGACAGUUUGUUCUAUGCUUGCCCUGUUGCUUAUACUCUUUCCUUUUUAUUUGCUACUAGCUGCUGUGGGGUCAGGUUAGAUGGACUGUUUGUAUGACCAAAUAUGUCUUGGUGAUCUCUUAGGAGGUUUUUUUUUUUAUGCUGGGUCAUGAAGCUUGAGAUUCCUUAUGCUGUGUCUGUGUGUGUUUUUUCUUUUCUUCUUGUUGUUGUUAUAUGUUUAAAUAGCUGUUUUCUUUUUGAGUCUGAGUAAAAUCUUGGCUUCAGUGACUUCCUGUGGUAAUGAGCUUGACUGUCUAAUUAUGUGCUGUAAUAUAAUAUUUCUCUGUUAAAAGUUUGGCUUUGCUAUCCUUUAAGCUUAUUCAGUUAAUGAGUGAAGUCUCCUGUGUUAUGAGACACUGUUAUUCUGUUCUAUUUACUGUAUUUUCUGUGUAUUUAUAAAGUCUUAUUUAAUUUAUAAUUCCUAAUUUUUCUGUUUGUAUUUGCCUGUCUUAACAGGAGGGUUUUUCAAGUGUAUAGUAAUUCAUACCCCUUCAUGGAAUUCCACCCUCCCCAAUUUUUAAAUAUUACUCUUCCAAUGAAGUACACAUGUUUCAGGUCAUAUUGCACGACAAUUAAUAGAGUGGUGUUGCAAUACAUUUUCCUUGUCAUUCCUCAUUUAUUCAGGUGUCUCUGUGCUCUUCUCACUGUAGUAUAUUGAACGGAAGAGUUCACUGAAUUGCUGAGUUUCCUUUGCUGGUUUGAGAUACCUGAUCUUACAGCCUUGUCUGGUAUAAGUAGUUACUUCUUACAGAUAUCGUUUGCAUUUUUGAUAUUACAUUCUGUUUAUGUGGCCUACUUGUUGAUGAAGUUCACCCAUCUUCUUAAGCUUUGCUAAUGUAAGAUCAGUUAUCAUCUGGAAAUGUUACUACAUCAACAUUCCUGUUCGUUGCUGAUAUAUAAUAAAUAAAUGUAGUGAACAUUGCUGGACCUAUUUACAGAAACUUGAAGUUUGGAAUAAUAGGGCAGAACUCAGUUCGCAUAAUUUAGGGACUUAACAUAGGUAGUACGUCAUAAAAAUUCUCAGCUACUGAUUUAAAUAGCAGGAGAGACGAAAUGUUUUGAAAUAGUCUUGAUUAACUCUAUACAGUUAACAGAGCAAUAGGUACUUCUGGAGGCCUGCAGAUGGGAUCAAGGGUGUGGAGCCAGGACAGUCCAAGUUCACUUCAGUCAGAGCUGCCUCACUGCUGGCACUGGCAUUAACGCUUGUCUCACUCUGCAGUAAGCAGAUCCAUGGAGCUAAUUCAGAAAUGUCAUAACUCGAAGAUCUAGCCUGCUGACGGCAAUUGCUGCAUUUGGAUUGAUGGGAAUUUUGUAGCUAACAUCUCUUACAAAAGAUAAGAUAUUGGAGUUUAUACUGUGGAAUUGAAGAUGGUCAAACCAAGUCUUCUUUCCAUCAGAAUUUGAAAAGUGAUCCUCACUGCACGCCUAGUGCCACAGCUGUAACUCUGCUAGCUGUCUGCUCUGGAGGUGAAGUGAUAAAGGCCUAAAAUGACUGUGUGAAUUCAGUGGAAUAAAUGGCGUCCAAAGUAACUGAUGCUAUAGUCUGGUACCAGAAAAAGAUUGGCGCAUAUGAUCAACAAAUAUGGGAAAAAUCUGUAGAGCAAAGAGAAAUAAAGGGUCUGAGAAACAAACCAAAGAAAACAGGACAUGUGAAACCAGACCUUAUAGAUGUUGAUCUUGUAAGAGGGUCUGCUUUUGCUAAAGCAAAACCUGAAAGUCCUUGGACAUCUCUGACCCGCAAAGGAAUUGUGAGAGUUGUGUUCUUUCCGUUCUUCUAUGGGUGGUGGCUACAAGUGACGUCAAGGGUCAUCUUUUUCUGGCUGCUUGUUCUGUACCUUCUUCAAGUUGCUGCUGUAGUGUUAUUCUGCACAGCCCGGAGCCCACAUAAUAUACCUAUAACUGAAGUAAUUGGGCCCAUAUGGCUAAUGUUGCUACUUGGAACUGUGCACUGUCAGAUUGUUUCAACGCGAACUCCCAAGCCACCUCCCAGCACUGGGGGCAAAAGAAGAAGGAAAUUAAGGAGAGCAGCACAUUUGGAAGUACAUAGGGAAGGAGAUGGCUCUAGUACCACAGAUAACACACAGGAGGGAACAGUGCAGAGCUACGGUACAAGCACCUCUUACAGUAUUGGCGCUGUCUUCAGAGAUAUCUGGCAUGCUGCUUUCUUUUUAUCAGGAUCUAAGAAAGCAAAGAACUCAAUAGAUAAAUCAACAGAGACUGAUAAUGGCUAUGUCUCCCUUGAUGGGAAAAAGACAGGUAAAAGCAGUGAAGAAUGUAUACAGGCCCAUGGGCAUCACUGUGAAGUGAUUAAGCCAGAAGAGUCAGGGUGGAGCACUGCAACAGUAAAAAAUACAUUCAACAGUCCUAGUCAUCAGAAAGAUGCUCAGAGGACAGUAACAAAUUUAUCAGAUGAAGUUUCUAGUGAGGAAGGGCCUGAAACUGGAUAUUCUUUACGGCGCCAUGUAGAACGCACUUCUAGUGAUUGCACAAUUCGAAACAGGAAAUCUCACCAUUAUAAGAAACACUAUCCUUUGGAGGAUACACCUAAAUCAGGUACUAGUUGCAGUUCUCGGUGUUCAAGUUCCAGACAAGAUUCUGAGAGUGCAAGGCCGGAGUCGGAAACUGAAGAUGUGCUGUGGGAGGACCUCUUACACUGUGCUGAGUGCCACUCUUCCUGUACCAGUGAGACAGAUGUAGAAAGCCCUCAAGUGAAUCCAUGUGUGAAGAAAGAAUAUAGAGAUGACCCAUUUCAUCAGAGUCACUUGCCCUGGAUCCAUAGUCUGAAUCCAGGACUAGAAAAAAUAAGCGCAAUUGUAUGGGAGGGUAAUGACUGCAAGAAAGCCGAUAUGUCUGUGCUUGAAAUCAGUGGCAUGAUAAUGAACAGGGUGAACAACUACAUACCAGGAAUUGGUUACCAGGUUUUUGGAAAUGUCGUAUCUUUAAUCUUGGGUUUAAUGCCAUUUGUCUUUAGACUUUCCCAAGCUAAAGAUUUGGAACAACUAGCUACACAUUCUGCCACUGAACUUUGUAUUAUUGCCUUUGGAUCAAAUGGAGACAUACUGGUUCUCUCAAUGGUGGUUAUAAGUUUUGUUGUCCGUGUGUCUCUAGUGUGGAUUUUCUUUUUCCUACUAUGUGUGGCAGAGAGAACAUACAAACAGAGACUUCUUUUUGCCAAACUUUUUGGUCAUCUAACAUCUGCCAGAAGGGCAAGAAAAUCAGAGGUUCCCCACUUCCGUUUGAAGAAAGUACAAAAUAUAAAAAUGUGGCUUUCUCUCAGGUCCUAUCUAAAGCGUCGAGGUCCUCAACGCUCAGUUGAUGUAAUAGUUUCGUCUGCCUUCCUACUGACCAUCUCAGUUGUAUUUAUCUGUUGUGCACAGCUACUUCACAUGCAUGAGAUCUUCCUUGAUUGUCACUACAAUUGGGAGCUAGUAAUUUGGUGCAUUUCACUCACUCUUUUUCUCUUAAGAUUUGUUACUCUUGGAUCUGAAACCAGUAAAAAAUACAGCAAUACCUCAAUAUUACUUACUGAGCAGAUAAACUUGUACUUGAAAAUGGAGAAAAAGCCUAAUAAGAAGGAGGAACUGACACUAGUGAACAAUGUUUUAAAACUUGCUACUAAAUUAUUGAAGGAGCUGGACAGUCCCUUUAGGUUAUAUGGGCUUACAAUGAACCCACUGCUUUAUAAUAUCACCCAAGUUGUCAUCCUGUCUGCUGUUUCUGGUGUCAUCAGCGACUUGCUUGGAUUUAAUCUAAAGCUCUGGAAGAUCAAAUCAUGACAAUAUAUAAGGAAGCUGAGAUAACAGUGUUAUAGAAAAGCUUAUUGACUGACAAAACUGCCUCAAAGCAGCCACUGAAUCUGUAUUUCAGAAGCUACAACCUCUCCAAGGAUAUUGUGUGGAAAAUUGAAGUGUUUACGUCUGACUUGUGCAAUCUUCGUAUUUAUUUCAUCUUUUUGCUGUUUUAUGUUCAUUUUAGUUGACAUUUGUAUUUUAUUUUCAAACAUGUUUGUUUAGUUUUGGAAAGGGUCAGAUUUGGAAAGGGUCAAAACAAAUCUGAGAACUUGAGAUCCCCAUAAUUGAUUACACUAAAUUAUUACAUCUGUUAUUAAAGCUGAAGCCAAUGCUGAACAUUUAUAUCUUAGAAUUUUUAGUUACAGUAAUGCUAUAUGGAAAUCAUUUUAUUUUGGUUAAGUAUAGUAAACUUGCCUAGAGUAUUUCAUUUGCACCAAUCAUUUCUGAGGACAACAUAGCAUCAAUAGAUGUUUGGUUGCAAUAGAAAGUGAGACAUAUACAAAAAUAAAGUGCUGACAAUACAGUAUGACAGGUAGCAGAAAUAUUUUAUAUUACUAUUAGAACUAAGUGGGGAAUUUUUAAUAUUUUGAGUAAUUCCAGGAUCUAAACUGAUGUAGGCUACAGUUUAAAUAUCCUGGGAUAUUAAUAAGGUAUUAUAUAACAGAUCAACAAGUGCUCUUUGAUAACACUUUUAUUAGAGCAAUAAUUGUAAAUGGUUACCAUGCUGUAUGAUAUUUUGAUAAAAUUAAAUAUUGUAUUUAUUUGAAAUACUGGGCUGUUCUGCACAACUCUUGACUGUGCAUGCUCAAUAUGUGCACUUUUUAUUGUUACUUUUAAUGAGAAACUUUAUAUAUAUAUAUAUACAUAUAUAAUGUAUAUUAAAUGGAAUAUAUUAUGGUGAACUAUGGAGCAGUAUAUUUUAUAUCUUGAAGCUGAAUAUUUAAACAAGUGAAAACUCACUGGAGAAAAGAAUGAUAUGAAUGACUGAGCAUAAGAUGGAUGGAUGCUCUCCUGUAGUACACUGUAGUAUAUGCCAUUCGUACCACAUUUAAGUUUAAGAACAGUUAAACACAAAAAACAAGUUGUUCUGGUGGGCAGCAGCACUAAUGAAGCCUGGUAUUCUGCAGAUUUGUUUCCUCAAAUUACUUUCCCCCCCUCUCCAUUCCUCCCGCAUAGGGGUCAUACCCUAGUGCACUCUCAGUGAGCUCCAGCCUUGGGUUUCCCAUCUCUCCCUGUCUUCUGUCUCUGUCUCCCACAUGGACCAGUCGUACAUUGACUGCUGGUUUUUCAGUAUGACAAAAGUGGAUAUUCACCCCCUUAGAGUUACAUUAGUUGGAGCAAAGUUUCCAUUUGUAAGUUAUAUGAGGAGGAUUAAUAUCACCAGGCUCAAGUAUUCUUAUAUUUUGUGCUUCUAAAAUAAUACAUUUAUGAACUCCAAAAAUCAGUAGCUUCAUAUUGGAAAAAUGCAAAGAAAGCAGUUAGGUUACACAGGUCUGGACAUUACUUCAAAUGUUUAAAAAAAAUUCUGAAGAUUAGCAAACAGUGUAAUGUAUCUUAAACUUAUGUGGUAUAAAAAUAUUUUUAUAUAUAAAGUAAAACAAGCAUUUUGUAUUUUAUUUGCCUCUGUACUAAUGUUUAAUAAUGACCAAAGUGCAUUCUAGUUUUUGAAAGAAUGUAUUCCUGGAGCUUUAAGAACAUACUAUAUUUAGUUUCUCAUGUGAAAACCUCAGCUGCAUCUGAUCUCUUUCUUCUUUCUCUAUGUUGUCUGAUGUUGGGAUUGUUUUUAGCAAUUAAGUACAUUUUAUACACAAUUUUUUUUCCAAGAUAUGGUACAGACCUACAUAGAACUUAAUUUUGCACAAAAUAUAUUUUGAGAAAAAAAUAACAGCAGGAAUUUAAUGGGGGUAAAAGAUAAGGCUAUUGCUUUUUACAGCCUGUCACUAUUACAAAACCACUGUUUACUCUAGAAUGGAAAUAUUUUUAAAAUACAUAAAUGUUGAAUACAUGGUUUUCAGUAGCAUUAAAAAAAAGAGAGGGGAAAAUAUUGUGGUUUCAGUAGAAGGUGAAAUGUAACCACAUAUACCUCAGCAACUAGCACUGUGCUGGAUUGUUGCACUAACAAUGGCGGCAUGGGGAGAAUAAAACAAAUUCGUGAAAUGGGAAGAAAAAAAAAAGUAAAACUUUUAAUUGCUACCAUUUGGUAUAUUCAUCAUCUUAAAAAGGGGGAGGUUUGUUCUCCAUCCCUCAGUAUGGAAAAUGCAGUAUGAAAAUAGAGGCAAGUAGAAAUAUGGCAGAUCUUGCAUGUUACCUGUUAUUUUUGCCACGUUUUGUAACUGAAAGUGUGAUCAGGCUUGGAAUAAAGCUUUCUAUGGCUGAAGGUAAAAA